GAGCAAACGCAUCAGACCAAAUCAAACUAACAUCUCUCUCCUUUAGCGGUCACUUUCAACAGAAACACACGGGGAGACAUUAAGAGCGUUUUUCGAUCUUUGGGACUUUGUUUCAUUCAUUCAAGAGGAGCGUCAACACAUCGGACUCAAAGAACGCUGUUUUACUGACUGUCAUCUGUCUUCGGACUCAAAUCGGACCUUAAACUGUCAGACGCGAAGCUGUAUUUUCAGAAGAACUCUAUGAGUACAAAAAUGGAGCAGCCGUUUUAUCACGACGACUCGUUUCUGCUGGGCUACGGUCACUCCGACGCGACUCUACACGACUUUAAAGUCCAGAAGCAGAUGAACUUCAACCUGUCCGAACCCUAUCGGAACCUCAAAUCGGACCUGUAUCAGACAGUAAGCGCUGAUGUCGGGUCACUCAAACUCGCCUCGCCCGAGCUGGAGAGACUGAUCAUUCAGAACAGCAACGGAGUGCUGACGACGCCCACACCGGGUCAGUACCUGUACAGUCGGGGCAUCACCGACGAGCAGGAGGGCUUCGCGGAGGGUUUCGUUAAGGCUCUGGAUGAGAUGCACAAGAUGAACCAGAUGCCCCCGCCCAACGUGUCGAUUGGAGCGGGUGGCGUGACGACGUGCUCGACGACUGCGUCCGUUUUCGGCUCCUCCCUGCAGUCUGAGCCUCCCAUUUACACGACGCUGAACGCAUACUGCCCAGCACCCAGCCACCCGUCCGCCACCAUCAGCUAUCUGCCGCCCCACGUUCAGCACAACCAACACCCGGACAGCGGGCACGCGUACCAGCACUCCGGUGUCCACCCGCCGCGAUUUGUGGCUUUAAAGGAGGAACCUCAAACCGUCCCGGACAUGCACAGCAGCGACGCCUCGCCGCCAAUGUCACCGAUAGACAUGGAGAACCAAGAGCGAAUCAAGGCCGAACGGAAAAGGCUCCGAAACCGACUGGCCGCCACCAAGUGCCGCAGGCGCAAACUGGAGCGCAUCUCCCGGCUGGAGGACAAAGUAAAGGUUCUGAAGUCCGACAACGCCGGACUGUCCAACACCGCGUCGGCACUGCGGGAACAGGUCGCCCAACUCAAACAAAAGGUCCUGAGACAUAUGAACAGCGGCUGCCAACUCAUGCUCACCAGUAAGAUGGAGGCGUUUUAAUUGUUCAUCAAAGCAAACGCAGAAAUAACACUGGACACUGUUGGUGUUCUACAGCUCAAAAGCACUGGGGAUUCAAAAGCACUAAGAUGAGCUUCUGGACUUUGUGAACUCGUGCCUGGACACCGUUCAGCUGGUUCCGAAGGAAAGCUCUUAAACACUCUCGUCCACAGUAGGAGAGAUCGGACACUGAGUCGGGUGCGAGGACUCAUGGAAAGGCCAGUCGCCUCGUCCAUGUCAACCAUGUGUUUUUCUCAUGAUCGAUUUUCAUGUUGGAUCAUGUAGUAAAAGCAUCUGAUGUUGUUGUUGUUAUUGUUGUUGUCAAGCCAUUCCUGAACUUAUAAAUUAUUGUUCUGGCCAGGUUGAUCCUGACCUAUGUUAACAAUGUCACAUGUUUACAAUGUCUUUUUAUAUGUGUGCGCUGUUUAUUUAAGUAAACAUAUUGAAAUAUAA